UUUACAGCAUACUGAUAUAAAUAGAGAACAGGGCCUUGCAUCUCCAACCCUGCACAUUGUAUGGGAGAGCGACAUGGAGUCGCAGCUCUACAUUUUGUGCGCAGCACUUGUGCUGAUUGCCAUCCUUCUCUUGUAUCACGGCUAUGUGUCUCCUAAGCAUGCUUUACCUCUUCCUCCAGGUCCACCCCGUCUUCCCAUCAUUGGAAACGCGCAUCAGGUGCCUUUUGACUUCCAAGAGGAGACAUUCGCUCGAUGGGCUCGACGAUACGGGGAUGUACUUUACCUUCGCAUCUUGCAGAAGGAGAUCAUAGUCCUCAACUCCCUUCGGGCGGCACGCGAUCUGUUAGAGAAGCGGGGCUUCAUAUACUCUGAUAGGCCACGCUUUGUAAUGUUCUGCGAGCUUGUCUAUUCCUUCCAUCCUAACUUUUCCCUUAUGCCAUACGGGGACCGAUGGCGCCGCCAUCGCAAGUGGUAUCAGGGAUCUUUGCAAGCUAGAGUGUCCCUCAAUGCCUUUCAACCUGUGCAAGAACGGGAGGCCAAGAUAUUCCUUCAAAGCAUGCUUAAGACGCCGAAGGAGUUUGUUGCUCAUAUCAACCGGUAUGCCGGUGCUGUGCUACUCGAGAUAGGCUAUGGCUAUCUCGACGACGAAUAUGUGGAUAUGGCAGAGAAAGUGAGCACAGGCGUCUUUGAGACCGGCGGAGCAGGUUCUACGAUAGUGGAUUUCUUCCCGAUCCUCAAAUAUUUGCCGACGUGGAUGCCGGGGGCAGGCUUCAAGCGCAAUGCUUUAAAGAUCCAGGCCAUGGGUGAACAUGCGCGGACCAUUGCCUUCUCUAAGGUCAAGGAGGAUAUGGCUGCGGGCAUUGCCAAGCCCUCUUUCGUUAGAAACAUCCUCGAAGAGAUAGCAGAGCCCACGGAAGAGGAUGAAUUCGAACUCAAGGGCGCUGCAGCGCUUCUGUACGGAGCGGGCACAGAUACGACAGUUACUACCAUGACUGCAUUCGUACUGGCCAUGGUCUGCAAUCCGGAAGUUUUUGCGAAAGCGCAAGCUGAGAUGGACGCUGUCAUCGGCAACACACGGCUUCCCAACCACGACGACCGAGCAUUGCUACCAUACCUAGAAUCUGUCUUGAAAGAAGUCUACAGAUGGAGUGCCGCUGUGCCCCUAUCGUUGCCUCACCGGCUUAUGGAAGAUGAUGAGUACCGCGGCUAUCGCAUGCCAGGUGGCGCCAUGGUUGUGCCGAACAUAUGGGCUAUGACACGGGAUGAGGAGAUGUUCCCUGAUCCUGAAUCCUUCCGUCCCGAGAGAUUUGAGAAACUCCGCGGAGAUAAUAAUGAUCCUGUCGAUCCACGCAUGAUCAUUUUCGGUUUCGGACGCCGGAUCUGCCCUGGUCGUUUCCUCGCAGACGCAAGUGUCUGGCUGGCGUUCGCAAGUAUGGUAGCGACAUUGAACAUCCGCAGGGCUCAUGACUCGUCCGGAAAGGAGAUUAUGCCACCAGCUGACUUUGUGUCAGGGACAGUCAAGCACCCGAAGCCUUUCAAAUGUGACAUCCGUCCUAGAACUAAGCAUGCUGCUGACUUGAUCCUCGCUGAAGCCAGGUCAGCCUAAACACAUGCAUUCACGAUUCAGCUCGUCUCAGAAGCUCAGUAUUUCCUUUCGAUGUAAAAAGUACUUCGCGGUGUAUUAUAUGUGAAGGUCCGAAAUUUGGUCGCUCG